UCCUCCAAAAAUUAUAAUUCUGUACAAUAAAUCAGCAAGAGAUUCCAUGACGGUGAGAUGUGACACCAGACUGGAUCCACUCAGAGGCGGCACAGAGCUGUACUUUGCCUUCUACAGAGAUGGACGGACUGUGCGGGAAUUCAGUAUAUCCGAUAAAUACAGAGUGGAGGAUUCUGGGAAUUAUACCUGUGAAGUGAGGAGGGCGUCUGACACUGUGAGGAAGAUGAGUGAUGGGCUCCAUAUCCAGAUAAUGCAGAAACAUGAUUACACGAUGCAGAAUAUAAUACGACUGGUGAUCUCUGGAUUUGUAUUAUCUGCUGCUGUAUGUUUCACCUACUUCCACAACAAGUGGUAGAGAAGAAGAAGAAGAAGAAGAAGAAGAAGAAGAAGAAGAAGAAGAAGAAAAAGAAGAAGAAGAACUUCUAGGAAUCUGAGGACCUAAAUGGAACAUCUAAGAGAACAUGGAAAAUGUCUUUGUUGAAUUUAAAGGAAAUUCAUAAUUUUUCAAUAUAUUAAUAUUCCCCAAAAAACUUGAUAUUAAUAAAAAAAUAAAGAUUAAACUAACGAGUUAUAGAGAGCCGUGUAGAAAACAGAAGUGGUCACUGAGAUCACACCUCGAGGAGAGUUUCUCAGGAAGGAAAUAAAGUGGUUUUCUUUGAAAAAAUAAAAACUAACAUAAAACCUAAAACUCAAAUGUCACACUUUACUGAUUAUGUUGUUUAUUCAAAGUUUUGAAAACUAAAAAAAGGUAUGAAGUGGGUUUUGUAUAUAUUGUCCUUUUUUAGUAAU